CACACAAAGUGAUACUACACUUGAAGCUAGCAUCUGAAUUGUUGCUCAAUUGGAGUCACAGAGCACAAUGGCUGCUCUAGCUCUUCUUGCAAACGUUCCGUCCACCAAAAUGACUGUAAUGCCCCGCGCCAUCCUCAACAGGGACUUCAAAUUGCGGGUGCCGUACGAGCUGAAGCAAGGGCAGUUCCGUCUUUUCCACGAGCUCCCCUCUGGUAUGAGCAUGGAGGUUAUCUUCCAGAAGAGUGUUGACUACAAAAACUCGGAUGAGAGAAGAGAGAGAAUGAAAAACCCACCUCUAGUGUUCAUACAUGGAAGCUUUCACGCAGCUUGGUGUUGGGCUGAACACUGGUUGCCCUUCUUCUCACAACAUGGAUAUGAUUGUUAUGCUUUUAGCUUGUUGGGUCAGGGGGAAAGUGAUACACCUGCUGGUUCAGUUGCUGGUACCCUCCAGACACAUGCAGGUGAUGUUGCUGACUUCAUACAGAAAGAAAUUAGAUUGCCGCCAGUAUUGCUUGGACAUUCGUUUGGGGGCCUUAUUGUUCAGUAUUACAUUGCUAAUAUGGUGAACAGACCAAUUUUAGAAACGGAGAGCUUGUACCCAAAUCUUACUGGAGCUGUGCUUGUUUGCUCUGUCCCUCCUUCGGGUAAUAGUGGGCUAGUGUGGCGUUACCUCUUUUCCAAACCUAUUGCUGCUUUCAAGGUAACACGCAGCUUGGCAGCUAAAGCUUUUCAAACUUCUCUGCCUCUUUGCAAGGAAACAUUUUUCUCUGCCCAAAUGGAUGAUCAUCUGGUCUUGCGUUAUCAAAAGCUAUUGAUAGAAAGUUCAAGGAUGCCACUGUUUGAUCUAAGGAAGCUCAACGCAUCACUUCCUGUACCGUCAGUGCCAAGUUCUUCUGUUAAUGUUCUUGUCUUGGGUGCAAACAAUGACUUUAUAGUGGAUGCUGAAGGACUCAAUGAAACAGGCAGGUUUUAUGGCGUGUCACCGGUCUGCGUCGAAGGCAUUGCUCAUGACAUGAUGUUGGAUUGUUCAUGGGAAAGAGGUGCACAAGCAAUCUUAUCAUGGCUGAGUGAUUUAGACAGCCAGGAGCUCAUUUGAUCAUGAAGGACAUUCAUCCAGCUGACACUGAUAUGAAUCAUUAGAUUUAGUUUCUCCAGCAGCUCAUUUCAAAACAAUGCACCUGCAAGAUUGAACUGUACUACUUUCUUCUCAAAUGAACAAUGAUUUUUGUUUUUGUUUUUUUUUUUUGUUUUUUCCUUUUAGUUUUGGUAUCUUUUUCCUUUUUGAGAUGUUUCCACCUCAAGUGUAAUGCACAAGAAAUUAAAUAUUUUUGUAAGACGAGAGCUGCUAGAGAUGUUUCACA